AUACAUAUUUUAUGUGUUCAACAGUUUUUUAAUUUAGUUUAUAAGACUCUUCAAAGACAGCCUCAUAAUUUUCUUGAUAAAUUUCCAAUAUAUAACAAAAUAUCAAAAUAUUUCAAGAUUAAUAAUAUUAAUUUGUCUGAAGAUAACCUUUCUUUGCUAUUAACCCAAAUACAAGAAUCUAUAUUAAAUGAUUUUACAGAUCUGUUAGUCACUAAAAAUACUAACGAGAUACCUAAUAUGACUGAUAUAAAUUGGCACAAACAUCUAUCUUGUUUAAUUUUUAAUUUUCUAACAUUAAAAGUAAUGCCAACAAAUCUUGCAAAUACUUUAACAAAAUGUCAAACAUUUAUUCCAGUUGAUAAACAUGCAAUGUUUGUAAAUUUUCUUGACGGAUAUAAUGGUGACUAUUCACUAGUUUCUAUUGAAUCUUUUAUUUGUGAAUUUAAUAAUUGUUGGCAAAUUGGAUAUUAUAGAAAUUGA